GUUUGGUUAGAAGACAGGAUAUGGCACUGCUGCAGACUCGGAGUAUUCAAAAAUCAAUUCUGACACCCUGCAUCUCUCCGAGCCAGCAAGCAGUGAAGCUGUAAAACAGCUGAACUGAUUUUAAAACGAAAAAGCAUGAGCAAUUAUAAAGAUUCCGUUUUUGUCCCUCUUAUGAAGGGAACAACAACGCCGUCUAUUUUUAUUCCGAGCCUUCGGACACCGUCCGUUGCGUUGGAAGUCUCCGUCCGCCUUUUCGGUUCGUCGGUCUCACAUUUGUCGUAUUCAUGCACGAAUUUGGGCAUCCACCUGUCUUUUACUUCGUGAAUUUUACAUUUAAUAUAUUUCGUUACAGUACGCGUAUGUGAUUUUCGCGUUACACAUGAAUUACUAGGCUGAAAUUACGUGGCAAAAACCCCAUAAGCCUGUGGCUCGAGGCCCUGAGCCGCGGGUGUGCGACCUCGCGCGCUACUUUUGCGCGAGCGAGGCGCCCCGCAUUUUUUUGUUGAAUUUCACAAUUAAAACCGUGUUUUUACUUAAUCAGUAGAGAGGGCCUAACGAUAUCCCCUCAAUUAGAGCGUUAAAUAUUGUCACCCCUACAAUAAAUCUCACAUUGUGAUGCUAAUUAGCUCCAACCGAGGAAAAAAAAAUACUUCAUUUUUUACUUUAGAAGCUAGCCUAGCAAGCUAGUCACCCCUGCUGCUUUUCAGAGCAAAAUCAAAAUCCGGGUGUUGCAGCAUGAGGAGAAACACACGCACCUGGUGCCAGACACCGCCAUCUGUGACUGUGCGGGUGAAACCGGUCGCUGCCCGAACCCUGCAGCUCAAGAGAGGCCUCAAGCUGAAAAGAGCCAACCAACAGGAGGCCCAUGGACCUCCCGAGAAGAACUAUAGCAGUAGGGGUCAGGAAGAUGUGUCAGAAAGCGUGAUACCUGGGAAUCCCACACUAGUCAUCCAGCGGAAAGAAAUGGCUGCUUUUUUCAAGUUGUUUGAUGAUGACCUAAUACAGGAUUUCCUGUGGAUGGACUGUUGUUGUAAAAUUACUGAUAAGUACCUACUGGCAAUGACUUUUGUGUACUUCAGGAGGGCUCGCUUCAGUCCGAGUGAGCACACCAGGAUGAACUUUUUCAUUGCUCUAUAUUUAGCUAACACUAUGGAGGAAGAUGAAGAAGAAAGCAAGUAUGAGAUCUUCCCUUGGGCGCUGGGUAAGGGCUGGAGGAAGCAGUUCCCAGCGUUUCUAAGGCAGAGAGACAUGCUGUGGGCACGAAUAGAAUACAGGGCUGCUGUGAGUCGCCGCUGUUGUGAAGAGGUGAUGGCCAUUGUGCCUUCCCAUUUUGUAUGGCAACGUGAUCGGGCAGAACAUCACAGUGGGGCCCAGAGGCAGUAUCGGGACCGAGAGGAAGUGCAGGUCCCCCGUGGACCCUCAGCAUCACCUGCACCCUGCUCUCUGUGUGCUAGGGAGGGAUCUCUCACAGACCUAGGAAUAAAUUCUGCUUCCUCUACACCUCUCCCCUUUACCCUCUCUCUUUCCCUGGAAAUCACACCACCUAGGGCUCAGGUGCCUGAACAGUGCUACAAGAGGGGAGGUGAUCAGAAGUACAGCAGCUGCUCAGGGACCACCAUGGACAGUGGAUCUGACCAGGACAGCUCCUUAGACUGGAUCAGUGAGGAGUAGAAUUAGAUCCAGCACUUCAUCUCUGUCAAGAACCUGAAACUACUGCAUUCUCAGCCAUUCCCCAGUCAUCUCAACUACUGAUUCAGGUCCUCAGGUCUAUGUGCACUAUAACUACAAUUUCACCAUUUUAGCAUGAAAUUGACUUCCCCCCCCCUUUUUAAAUGAGUUUUACUUCUUCCUGGUGUUACUGUGCAGGUUGUAAGUCUUGCGUACAUAUUGCCAAUAAUAUUACUUGUAACAUGUUUUGUCACAUGGAAAGCUUACAUUGACUGAUAAUCAGUGUAAGACUAUUUUUGCCAUCCAUGCCAUGUUUUACUUGGACAUCUGUCAGUUUGGUACUUAUGUUUGAAUAACACAUUGUUAGUAUUUAUUUUCCUCCAGAGCUUCUCUGACAGAGGGGAAAAACUCAAAACUAGUGGACUGAAAUUCUCAUGAUUUGACUGCUUGUGCAGCCAGUAUCCUCCUCUUUGCACUCUGCAUUAUCUUUUUGCUUGAAACAAAGCAUUUUGUUCAUGGUAUAUUUAUUGUAGCCUUGAGCUAGCCUUUGAGUACUGUGGUCAAGAUGAACAAAGGAACUGAAAUGUAAUUAAAUAUACAUAUAAAAGGUUUGAGUAUUAAAUCUGCUGUCCAUAUUUAAAAUAUGGAAAUUGUUGGUUUCUACUGUUAUAUUGAAAAUUGUGAUUCUGCUUGCUUAAAAAGAUUAAAGAUGAUUGGUUAA